UUCACCGGUAUAAAACCCACCACCACCGGCUGUUUCGCCAGAGAAACGUGACCAGGCCAUUAAAACCGAACCGCCGCCGCAUCAACUUCACGCAAAAGAAGCAGGAUGAGCAGACCGGGGGAUUGGAAUUGUAGGUCUUGCCACCAUCUCAACUUCCAACGACGGGAGUCCUGUCAGCGUUGUGGCGAGCCUAGGGCUGACUUCAGCGGCGGAAGAGUUGGUUCCUCGUCCUUUGGUUUCACUACUGGCCCCGACGUCCGUCCUGGGGAUUGGUACUGCGCCGUCGCCAACUGCGGCGCUCAUAACUUCGCUAGCCGCUCUAUCUGCUUCAAGUGCGGCGCCUCUAAAGAUGACGCUUCCCCUGCCGCCGCUUACGACGGCGAUUUUACUAGAAUGAGAGGCUUUAACUUCGGCGCUGCCUCCAACCGCCCUGGAUGGAAAUCUGGUGAUUGGAUCUGUUCCAGAUCAAAUUGCAACGAGCAUAACUUUGCCAACAGAAGAGAAUGCUUCAGAUGUAAUGCACCAAGAGAUUCAAACAACACGUCUCCAUACUCGUACUCGUAGAGGUGGUGGCAAUGGAAGGAUCAAAUUCUAGCUAGAAAGAAGAGAGUUUCCAAUCAGAACGUCGUCGUUUUCUUUUCUUUAUUUUCCAGUUUCAAAAGUGAUUUAAGGAUGGAUUUAUGCAUGCAUGCAGGAAAAUACUUCGUAUCCAAUUUUCUAAUUUAUAUUAUAUUAAUCCGUAACUUUCACUUUAUGUUA